UACUUGUCUCGUGCCCCAGUAAUUUGAUAGGUCUCAGUAUAUAAGAGAUAGAAUAUCAAUAAAAUUAUUUAUUUAAAUAAGUAGAUUGAUAGGACAGUGUUGUUAAAGCAUUGUAAGUGUAUAGGUGUUCUUUUGGAAUUAUACUUAAUAUCGUCUUAAGAAAGUUGCUUAAAUCAUCAAGAUGGUGGUAUUCUGGACGACAUUCUUGUCACUACUAGCGAUAGCCUACUAUCUGCUAUACAAAUACAUGACAAGGAAUUUUUCUUACUGGAAAGACCGAAACAUAUUCUACUUCAAACCGCUCCCAUUCUUUGGAAACCUUUUACCAAUGAUCACCAUGAAAACCACCAUGGGUGAACUAAUAAUGGACCUCUACCGACAAACUGAUAAAGACUACUUCGGUAUCUUCAGCUUGGACCGACCAGUAUUAGUUGUAAAGUCACCAAAACUAGCCAAAGACAUUCUGUUAAAGGAUUUCGCCAGUUUCCAUGAUAGGAUAAUCGUCACGCCGGAUACGGAUCCAGCCAUGUCAAACUUGAUGUUUUUCAAGAAGGGGCAGAUGUGGAAAGUGAUCAGAUCCAAGAUGACGCCGGUUUUCACAUCCGGAAAGCUGAAGGCCAUGUUUUCGGUUAUGGUGGACGAAUCAAAUGAUCUGAGCAAGUAUCUGAGUAAAUUUGUUGGAGCUCCCUCUAUAGAGGCAAAGGAAGUUUGUGCGAAGUAUUCUACAAACUUGAUUGCUUUGACUGCGUUUGGUGUAAAAGCUAAGUGCUUUGAUAAUGAAGACGCUGAUUUCAGGAAACUGGGAAGACGUAUUUUUGGAACAAGCCUGACAAACGCUGUAAGACAACUAGGGUGUAACUUCUUUCCUGGCCUGAUCAAGACCUUCGGCAUUGAAUUCGUAGACACCGUAGCCCGAGAACAAAUGAAAUCUAUCUUCAGUACAGUACUAAAGGCUAGAAAGCAGUCAGAUCAUCACAAGAGCAAUGAUUUAGUAGACAUUUUAUUAGACGCUCGAGCUCACACGGAAUCUGGAAUCUCUGAUGACAUGAUUUUGGGACAAGCAAUUCAAUUUUUCAUGGCCGGUUUUGAAAGCGUGGCUUCCACAAUAAGUUUCACUUUGUACGCUCUGAGUAUGGAUGAGGAAAUUCAAGAAAGAUUACGGUUAGAAAUAUUGGAAAACAUCGAGGAAAAUAAUGGUUUAACAUACGAAGGAGUCAACAGCAUGAAAUAUCUGAAUAUGGUGAUUUCAGAAGCAUUAAGAAAAUAUCCAGUACUGCCUUUCUUGGACAGAGAAUGUACGUCAACCUACAAAGUCGAAGGGACUGACUUGGUGUUAGAGAAAGGGCAAGCUAUUUAUAUAUCGGCAUUCGGAAUGCACUACGACGAGAAAUACUUUCCAGAUCCUGACAAGUUCGAUCCAGAGAGAUUUUCUGAUAAAAAUGAGAUAAACAAAGAAGGUUUCUACUAUACGCCUUUUGGGGAAGGCCCUAGAAUAUGCAUAGGUAACAGAUAUGGAUUAUUAGCUGUCAAAGUAGGAAUAGCUUCGAUCCUGUCAAAAUACAAAAUACGGAAAAGCUUGAAAACGCCCGAGAAGAUAAAAUUCGAUCCAAAAAGUUUUUUGAUCCAAUCCUACGGCGGAGUACCAAUAAAAAUUGAAGCCUUAUAAACACAUAUCAACUGACUAAUGAAUUGAAACAUUCACUGA